CUGGCUUCUCCUCUAUGUCAGCCUUCAACAGCUCAGGAACAGUGAACUGAUUAAAGUACUGAGCUACCUGGAGGCAUUAAUAACAGAACCAAUUUCUGGUGGUGUUUAUGAGAUGCUCCUUCAUUGCCCAUCCUUAAUCCCAGCAGGAAUAUUGUCAAGCUACCAGUCUGUGAAAUAGCACAUGGACACAAGAUUGCCUCCUGCCGGUCAGCCAAAGAGUGGGAAUGAAGGGGGCCGAUUCUGCUUGGCUACCUGCUAUUAGUGGUGUUCCACAGGGGUUGAUGCUGGGUCCACUACUUUUCAGGUUUUGUGGCAGAAUGGAAUAACACAACACACACAAAAUGUUUUAAGAACUCAACAGGCCAAUAAACAGUUGACGUUUCGAGCCGAGGCCCUUCUUCAGGACUGGAAAGGAAGGGGGAAGAAAGUGUGUGUGUGUGUGUGUGUGUGUGCGUGUGUGGUGAACUAUGUGCCUGUCUGGACACGCCCCCUGCUGACUGCUCCUGUGGUUCCUCUCACAGGCCCCUGUAUAAAGGCGAUCUGAGGCCUGACGCUCGGCCUCAGUCUCCAGGACAUAGUAUGAUGGACACUCACUCCUGGUUCCUUCUUCCAGUCAAUAAAAGCCGAUAUCUCGCAUUACGUCUCAGUGUGAGUUAUUGAUGGUGCAUCAAUUUUAUUGACUGGAAGUUUUAAAACAUGGAAACCGUUUUGCGUCCGGAAAGGUUGGAUUUGGACCCUCAAGACCCUGACGCAGCUCUCGUUUUUGAACACUGGCUUGCAUGCUUCCAAUCGUACUUGGAGGAGGUUCGUGCAACUGAACCCGCCGUUAUGCACAGAAUUCUACUCUCGAGGGUCACCCCUAAAGUUUACUCCAUUAUCCGGGACCUGCCGACCUACGAUGGGGCACUGGACGCCCUCAAAAGACAGUACCUGCGGCCGGUGAACACCGUCUACGCAAGACAUCGUUUAGCUACCCGGCAACAGCGGCCUGGGGAAUCGUGCGCUGAGUUUCUCCGAGCACUACAGACACUCGUCCGACCUUGCGACUGCAAGACGCUCACGGCAGAACAGCAUGCGGAGCUGCUAGUGCGAGACGCUUUUGUGACGGGACUGAGGUCAGUGUACAUGCGCCAGCGUCUGCUGGAAAAUGCCGACCUUACCUUACGCUCGGCGAUCGAGAAGGCCAACGCUCUGGAAGCUGCUUUGCAUAAUGCUGAUGCUGUCCAGUCACGCGAUUCCCCGCCGGUUCCGUGGACACAUCAGACCCCGCCACCGCCGGCUCCCGGGAGCGAAUUCGCCAACGCCACUGCCAGUCGUGAUUCCACGAGCUCCCCGAACCCGACCACAGCGGCAGCCCGUCAGAUGCCUGUGCUUUGUUAUUUCUGCGGCCAUAAAAAAACACCCUCGACAACGCUGUCCAGCGCGAGAAGCGACCUGCUCCAGCUGCGGAAAGCGGGGCCAUUUCGCCAAGUUCUGUAAGUCUCAACCUCGAGCGGAGUGCAGCGCUGCGGGUGAAACGUGGGGGCCGCCAUCUUGCAUGCCCGGAUGUGGGCGGCCAUCUUUGUCGACGUCAGCAUGCCCCGCCCCCGGCCCUC